AUGCGUGAGAACUACGAAAAGCACGGCGUAACAGAGUACUACUCCCAAGUCGCAUCGACGUAUCGCAACCCGCACGCAGAAGGCGUUGACAGGGUGGUCGCAGCUUGGAUGAACGUUUGGCUCCAGCAUAUGGACGAAGACUUUGAGCCCGGCAAGCUUUCGCGUCCCGUAGCCAGGAAAGUAACAAUUCUGGAUAUGGCGGCCGGAAGCGGAGAAGUGACGGAGUCACUGUUGUCUUGGAGCACCAAAAGAAAUGACUUCCUCAGGAUGAAACCGGGUCGUACUGAUCCAAAUGCGCUGCCUGUGAGCCCACCGUUGGAAGGUGCUCAACUUCCCGCACCAAUACAUGCCUCACCACAGUCUCGUCCGGCAAUGUCACGGCCUGUCCCUCGUCCCGUGCCUCGUCCCGUGCCUCGCCCUUUGGCACGACCUACAUCGGGAUCCCCGUCCGCCAUCGUUACACGUGCUUCGAAGCAAACACCUCUUCCAAUAGAGUUGCAAAUAACGGCGACAGAUCCCUUUACAGCGCCGGCGUACACGUCACGAACUGGUUUUCCCUGUCAUCCUCUCAGUUUCCGAGAUAUCUCCGACGGUGGGCUAGCCUCCCUCGCGCCGGCUCACUUCCAUCAAGUCAUUUGUUCUUUCGCUUUGCACCUGCUUACCGAUUCGCAUGCAGUCUUUGCCUUGUUGUGGGAACUCAGCACACGGGUACAAUGGAUGCUCGUGAUUGCUCCGGGAAAGAGACCCGAGAUAAAGGAUGGAGCAUGGGGUUGGGUUAGAUGGGAUCAUCAGCGAUGG